GCUACCCUUGAAAUCAGCACAUAAAGCUACUUCUACCUGCAUCCAAUUCAAGCGGCACCAGUACAAAACUACAAUUCAUACAAAAUCAGUUCACUUUUCAUAUUUCUUUUAUCAAAAAGGAGGACCACCCCCGGCUUUCCAGUGUCACAUGGAAUCCAUGUUGAUACAAAAGUAGUAGUCGGAUGCCGUGCAAAACACCGUCCAUCGCCCUCGGCCUCUCACCCUAACGUAGUUCCCUUUUCACAGCGUGUGUCUUCUAUAUAUAGGCGCACACACCCUAACAUAGUUUCCACACCACCGCAUCGAUCCCCCACUACACCAACCACCGCCGCCACCGCAAAAGAACGAGCACCUGAGGAGAGGGCCGGCGCCUCUCCCCAGUCCCGACAUUAUCCUUCCUUGCCUAGAAGGCUAGAAGAACAGCGCGGCGCAUGGAUCAGCGGGAGGGCAGCAGGAAGCGUGCGCGGGGAGAGGAGGAGGAGGGGGACUCGCCGCCAGCGAAGAUGUCGGCUCUGGCGGCGGCGGCGGCGGCUGAUGCGCUGGCUGAAGCGGCAUUCCAUGAGGCGGCGCCGGCGGUGGUGGAGGGUGGGGAUGGGGAUGGGGAUGCGUGGAAGCCGCCGCCGGGGGUGUUCGACUUCCCGUGGCUGAGUUGCCAUGGCGGCCUGGACGCCCCCGUCACCAGCCCCCUGGUGGAGCUCCGGGAGGUGUUCUUCCGGUCGGCUGUGGACGGGCACGUGGCGGCGGUAGGCGUGCCCGGCGACCGCUUCAUCGCGCCGCCGAGCAACAUGCUGCUGUUCGUCGUCUUGGAGGAGUGGGUCGUCACCGCCGGCGACGACGAGGUGGACCCCAUGUGGCGCGCCGUGCUCGAGGGGGCCAAUCCCGCCGCAUGACGCAACGUGGCGAGGUCAGCACGGAGCCUGGACCCCACCCGCCCGAGGUUCCGUCUGUGUCAGCGGCGAUGCGCUGACGUCGCUGGAUAGAGAGGUCGAUGAUACUAGGAAGGAAAUCAUGAAUGCGUCUGACGAGAGGUCGUCUCUCGUUCUUGUUGCUUUGCUUCUUGCUCCUUGUUUUACUUUUCUGUAUGUAAGAUAAGAUGUUUCAGUUGUCAGUUUUAAGUUCCUGCUUUGUAAGAUAAGAUGUUGCAGUCGCCGAAAAUCAAUAAAAACUUGAGCCAAGUUCGUGCUA